GCAGUAAGAGCUGGCUGGGACGGAGAAGGAAGUGAGGCUAGCGUUUCGGGUCUUGAGCCGUCUGCGAUUCUGGCAGGAGCCGGGCAGCUGCUUUUCGAAGGGCGGUGUUGGGAAGAAGUGCUGCCUACGGCGUUCCUCCGCUUUACCAACGGCCUGGUGACUAGUUGUUUAUUUGGAAGUUUGGUUUUCCCUGCCUAUAGCCACCAUGAGCCCAGCUGAUGCCAAGCGCUGUGGGACCAAGCGUCGGAAAAAUAAAAAAGGUGGUGGCCUUGGCCCAUCAAACCUAGCUGGAGUCUUCGAGGUCAAAUCUGUAGGACUAUCUUCUAAUAUUGCUCCCUCCUCUUUUUCAUCAUCAACCCCAUCUACUUCUACUGUUGCCUUCUUGCAGACCCCCAAUACCAACACAGCUUCUUCUAGCACUGAAAAUGGUCUUCUGGCAGUAGCUGCCACAGCUCCCAACUUGAUUCCUAAUGAAAGAAUGAAGAAGGCCGAGCUUCAGAAAAAGCGCUGUGGAGGAACAAUUAAUUCUAGACAAACUCGUAAAAGAAAUAUAGUUAGCAACACAGCUCCUGAAACAGCUUCACAAGAAACAAUUGAUCUUGAAGUUAACAGUUGUGAAGAAGUAGUUGAUCUGACUUGUGAAUCUUCAGAACCAAUAGUAGUUGAUCUGACACACAACGAUUCGGUUGUGAUUGUUGAAGAAAAUGUUUGUCAACAACAAAAUCAAGAAUUUAGAAAUCAACUCCCUGACAGCUGUAUAUUAAGCAGUGAUGAUGAUGAACCAAGAGAUGAAGUGAUUUUGACUAGCACCCUAACUAAAGAAUUGGAAUUAUUAGAGGAUGAUAUUCCAAGUUCACACCGUUCAGGUACUGUGAGUUGCCCAAUUUGCAUGGAUGGCUAUUCGGAGAUUAUUCAGAAUGGACGGCUUAUUGUUUCAACAAAAUGUGGUCAUGUCUUCUGUAGCCAGUGUCUUCGGGAUUCUCUAAGAAAUUCUAAUUCUUGCCCAACUUGUAGGAAGAAACUUGGCUACAAACAGUAUCAUCCAAUUUAUAUAUGAAAUUUAGAUACUUCUACAAAGAAUCUAUAAUGUACUCUUCUGAAUGCUUCAUAUACAUAUAUUUUCAGCAACAAUAGAAUAUUAUAAUUUCCCAGAUACAACAGUUAACAUGGAGACCAUGAUGGAGAUUCCUCAGUAUGUAAGCUUUUUUAAAAAAUUUGGUUAAUCACAUGAAGUUGGCUUUAUAGUCCACCAAAGUAUGUAGAUGUUUGAAGGACAGUUAGCUACAAUGGGUGCAAAAUGGUAUUGCCAUGCUGUUUUUGAAAAAAUGACACCUCUACAAGAUACAUUUUUUACUCCAGAUGACAGGAUGAAAAUCUGUUUUAAUUUGCCCAAGAUACUACUCAUGCUUACGAUAAUGUAAUUGGCCUGCAUUUUUCUUUUUGCAUUUCAUUUUCAAAAAAUUUGAACUUACAUAUGUUUCCUGAUGAUAUUCUACCUUUUCAUGAACUUCUGCAUUUCUAAGAAGACUAUAUUUUGUAGCCAAGGUGCACCACAUUUCUAACAUUAAAUGUUUAAAUAUUUCAUUUGGAGGCAUUUUUGGAAGACAGUAGUAGGACCAUAACUAGAAAAUGUUUGACUCUAAAGUAUAAUCAUAAAGAAAUAUUUUCUGUAUGCACCUAACUUAACAGAAGAAUAAAUUGAAACCUGCUUCAUCAUCUCAGAAUAAGGCAAAGAGAAACGUGAGUUCUGGCGUAAGAAGUUCAGAUAUUUGACAGAGUGAACAUAAUGAAAGCUGUCUUUCAGUAAAUACAUUUUCAUACUGGUGUAUUAAAGUCCUAAUGGUUCUUUCAAUUCUCUUUAUAUAGUCAUAAAGUGCAGACUGAACAUUUUUAAUCCCUAUACUAUCAUUAUUUCUUUCAUCUAAAUAGGUGCAUUUUGAAAAUACCAAGAAAGCCCUUAUUAGACUGGUUACCAUUAACAAAUAAUUAGAAUGGUACAGCAUGAAAAAUACAACAGUAAGUUUGCUGUUAAGAAUUUUAGUUUGGAGCUUCAUAUUUUUGCUAGAUGCUACACUGAUGAAAAUAGUAAAACUUGUAGUUUCUGCAUAGGCAGAAGGAAGUAAGUCACGCAGCUUGGAUAGACAAUUUAUGUUCUAUUAUCUAUAUUAUUGAUGUUUGAUUAUUGUGUAAUCAUGAAGGGUUUCUUAGCAGCUACCUUCUAAAUGAAUGUUAUAUUUACACAUUAUCACAACUACAAAACAGAAAAAAAUCACUGCAGUAUUAGGAGUUUCAAUAGACAAUUGAAUAUUUUUCCAUUUUUAAAUUUUAAGAAUGAUAUGGAUCCUGUUGUCCAUUUAUAUUAGGGCAGUAAAAAUUAGAGAUGUGUGUAAAUCGGAAAGAAUAUUUUGUUUCAAACACAGAGCUAAUCCAUUUCAUUUUGGAGGUUUUGGCAAACUUUCUUAGGUCCUUCACAGUUCAGCUUUAGCUUUAUUUAUUUUGGGUUUUGGAUGACAUCUGAAUAGAGUAAUAUUAAUACGUAUCACCCCUUUCUCUGUUUCUACACUGCAGCGCCCUGUAAAGCAUAAAUAGAAGUCUGUAUUUUUCCCCUCUCAGCAGCUUUACUGAUACUUCAGAAUGGCAUGUCCUAGUGUCCCGUUUACCCCUGAUCUUUUCCGGAGCUUGCUUCCUUCCUCUCAGCCACCACUGCUGAUGUUCCAGCAAGUGUUGUCCACCUGUGCCCAGCACAUUCUCUCACUAUUUUGUCUCAACUACUAUAUCCCCUCUGCUUGAAACAGAGUAGCCCCAUUUCUUCGGUAUACAGCAUCUAAAAUGUGUGUCUCUGUUCAGAUCUGGACCAUUUGAAACUUUAUUUGGAAUUUCUUUUGGGAGUUAAGAGGCCUGCUUAUCCAUGAGCAAUUCCCACAUGCUUAGAUGUUGCUAUAUAAUCAACUGAAUCCAUGUAAUUGAUUCAUUUAGAUGCAAUAAGAGCUAUUUACUGAAAUCAUUUUCUAAUACAAAUUUAGAAAUCAACAUAGUUUUUAUAUUAUUAAAUCCAAUUUUAUCUGUUAAAAAUUUCACUAUCCUAGGAAAACCUAUCGUCUCCUAUAUUUCAGCUCACAUAUUUGUGAAUCAACUCUGGAUGACUAGGGUAACCCAUGCCAGUAAAAAUCUAGACCCCUUUAAGAAAGUAAGUUUGAAUUCUACUCAUUGCUUUUAAAUUGAGCAGAUUCCUUUUGAUUAAAUAUGUUAGAAUCAGAAUUUAAAUCAAUCUAGUUGUCUAACAAAAAAGCUGCACAAUUUGUUAAUUGUUAUUCUAUCAUAAUUUGUCAUUAAUUCAAGUCUGCCUAGUCUAGAGUGAUUUUUUUUAUUGAUAGCUUUUGAAAGUUCUGCUAGUUAGCAAGCACAUCAACUAUAGCAUUAGAUAUUAAAUAGGUUUGAACUGUAAUGUUAGACCAUUGUUCAGUAGUUCUGAACAAUGUGUGGAUAUGUUCUUUCUUUCUCAAUUAAAAUCUCUAUUGAAGGCUUUUGCUUCUCUUUUUUUCCAAAAUUAGUCUUUUGGCUAGGAAAAGGAAAGCUUAAAAAAAUUAGUUAAACAUGAUUAACAUAACCUAUAAUUUUUAGCAUUUUCAAAAUAAAUCUAAACAUUCUGAAUUUGUUCUCAAGGUGAUAUUGAUUUAUACAAUUAUGCAUAAUUUUAAGAAAUGGCAAAUAUCUGUAUUCUCUUCCAUCUCUAAAUAUGUAGAAUCCAUGCUUUUUACUUAUUUAUAUAUAUCUAUCAUGUUUGUGUUACCAUAUUAGAAAAAUCUGAUUACAGAUAAAAAAGAUUUUUACAUAUUUGAUUCACACAUUUAUUAUGCAAGAACAUAUAUAGGGAGAAUCUGGAUAUUUAAUGGUACUCGUACUAUUUAUUAAAAAAUGGUAAGAAUGCU